CAUCUGUCAUUCGUAGAAAAGGUUGCGAAAACCAUCCCUUCGGUUUUGAAAUACGCAUCAACGUCUUAGCAAAAACCAUCAUCAGAAUGAUUGGAAACGCCGUCGUACCCCGAUUGACCACCGCCGCCGCACAGGCCCUGCAGCGCCGUACCUACUUCUCGGUGUCCAGCAGUCUGCCGCAGGUCCGCGUUUCCCUUGCGGAAAAAGCCGCCCAUGGUUUGGCCAUCUUCGGCGGAGUGAUUGCCUACCCGAUCUGGGUUAUUGCUCAUGUCCGUGAGUACAAGGGAGGCAACUAAAUUGUUGACAAUGAAGCCGGUCUAGUGAUACGCUAAGUUGGAGGUCCGCAGGAAGCAUCCGGAGCGAGUACGGUAGCAGCUAGGAAAAUAUGAACCAUCUUUAGGUUACAAAACUGCUCCCAGUAUGAAUAAAUGGAUGAUUAAUUGCGGCCCAUAGCA